AUGCCUGCCCACGAUCUGAUGAGCCCGACAUCAUUCGUUCCUGAGCAGAAAGAUGGCACCAAGCAAGUGGCUUCAUCAGCAGAGUCCGUGACCUCCAACGAGCCGUACUGCAUCACGAGCACCCGGCGAAAGAUCUUCAUCAUGUGCAUGACCAGCCUCGCCAUGGUCAUCACCAUGGUCCCGACCAACAUCGUGCUGCCCGUCCUUCCCAUUCUCCAGGACAAGUACAGCGUGACGACGACGCAGAUGAACCUACUUGUCACCGUCUUCUCAAUUUUUCAAGGCAUCACCCCGGCUCUAAUGUCUGCGCUGUCCGAUCUCCAAGGGCGGCGGAUGGCAUGGAUGUUCACGCUGGUCAUCUACACCGCGGCCAAUAUCGGCCUCGCUCUGCAAAACAGCUAUGUCGCGCUGAUCAUCCUCCGAUGCCUGCAGAGUGUUGGAAGCAGCUGCGCCAUUCCAUUCGGCUUUGCAGUUGCGGCCGAUAUCUCAUCUCCGGCGGAACGAGGUCGAUUCAUCGGCCCUUUGCAGGGCUGUGUGAUGGGAGCAUUUGCGUUCGGACCAGUUAUCGGAGGCCUGUUGGAGCCCAGCUUGGGGUGGAGAAGCAUCUUUUGGUUCCUCGCCAUUGGGAGCGGUACAGCCCUGGUCGCCUACUUCGUGGUCAUCCCUGAGACGGCUCGCAAUAUCGUCGGGAACGGUUCCAUUGAGCCAAAAGGAUGGUGGAGGCGGCCAAUGGUGGAGAAUGUUCAACGGCGUCUGCAAGCAAGCUCGAAACAGGCAGACGCACAAGGGCCGUCAGAAAAGCCUCAACAGGAACGAAUCAAGGUGGCACAAAUCCUCAGAGCGUUCACCAUUCUCGCCGAGAAGGACGCUUUGAUUCUGGUCAUCUUUACCAGUCUUUUCUACUCAGGCGUCACAUCCAUGUGGGCAACCACCGGAAGUCACUUCAACAGUCUGUACGGGCUCAGUACGCUCGAGGUUGGCUUUUCCUUCUUACCAUACGGAAUCGCCGGCGGCAUUGGUUCAAUCAUUGGCGGCAAACUAGUUGAUAUCAACUACCGACGCAUCCAGAAACAACAGUACCAGAGUCUCAAGUCAGAUUCAACGCCUGAACAGCCCAUCGACUUCCCUUACGAGGUUGCGAGACUGCAAGUUGCGAUUCCGUUCGCGCUCCUGGCGGCAUUAUCCCUUAUCACGUAUGGCUGGAUGGUGGAAACAGGCCAGUCACUUGCGGUUUCAUUGACCCUGCAAGCAUUGAUUGGCCUGGGUGGAAAUCCGUUGCUGGGGACUAUCUACACGCUGCUGAUCGACCUCUACCCAGCCCAGGCCGUGGCAACUCAGGGGGCAGCGGAUCUGGUUAGAUGCUGGCUCGGUGCCAUUGCAGCUGCAGUCAUUGACUACAUGCUGUCCGGCAUCGGCUGGGGGUGGUCCUUUACCAUUCUUGGGUUACUGAUGAUGCUGGCCAUGCCGGCAUUGGGUCUGGUGUAUGUACGCGGGCCUAAGUGGCGCAAGGAAAGCGGGGCCAGCAGUCUAAGUGAAAAGCAAGUACUCUAA